UAAAGGUGUAUCAUCCAAUACAAGGUCCGAAUGCCUUCGAUUGACGAGAUGCUGUAAAGUAACAAAGGCUUCAUACUGCCGUUGAGGUUCAGUACGCAGUGAUCCCUAUCUUACCUUACAAUGGAGUGACGUCAUAACCAAAGCUCCGUCCGUCGACAAACACAAAUGAUCUCCAACUCGGUCGUCAACACAUUGGGUGACUGCCACUACCGAAGCCAUUUCUCGAGAAAACUGGACCUUCUCUAGUGACACAUCAUCACCUCAGAAAGAAAAGAAAGAAGAAACCACAAAAUGUCCAGAAUCUCAGACGCCGUCAAAGCCGACCAUGCCCUCAUCACCGAGGCGUACCACGCCAUCAGCAGUGCCGAACCAGAGGAUCGUCACUCGCUGAGAAACAAGUUCAUCUGGGCACUUGACCGCUACCUGCGCGUUGAAGACCUCGUCUUGACUCCGGCAUUGGAGCAGCAUCUGGCAAGUCACGGCCACCAACGACGUCAAAGACUGUCUGAUGAUUUUGAGAGUAUAAACGCCAAGCUACGACACAUGCAACGCUUCGAUCCCGCCCAAGAAAGCUUCAAUUCGUCCCUACACGCCAUCUGGGUGGACCUACAACCACAUGUCCUCGAGGAGGAGCGCAGCGAUCUCCAUCGGCUGGAGGACAACAUAUCAGAGACCGAAUCGACCGAGCUCAGCAACAAGUACAACAAGAUCAAGGACAUGUUGCAGAAGCCAUACGGCAAGGACGGAGCACCGGAUUCAAGGAUCUUGACAGCCAUUUUGGAGAUGCCCAGACAGGACCUGAUUGUUAAGCUUGGGUUGACAGAGUGAUGGAUAUAAGAGGGAUAUCAUUCUUGUUUGCUGGCAAGCGUAGGCUUUGUGUUUAGACUUCGCAGUGAUAUACUUCCUUCGUGUGGAUCUGCCAUGGGCUGCUCCUACCAGCUCGAGAAAAGCACAAGAAUAAUUGGAAGCUUCGAUGACGCCCUUCCUCCUGGUUGCCUCGCCUCAGUCUGCCAUCCAUGAGCCGGAAAAGAAAACUAGCCAUAUCUUUGAACAAACCACAGCAUAAACAUUCUCACAGGUUCACCACAGCUUAGCUACAGUAACCAUUUUUACCAUCAUCAAUUGCACGUAUACAACCAAUCCAUUAGCGAUAUACUCGGAUUCCUCUCCCGAUAAUGUGGUCGGUUGUCCAAUACCGACGUAUCGCAAAACAAGUAGAGGCUGAAGUCGCAUCUGGCCGUCUACCAGGCUUGUACCUGAAUUCUAGAG